CUGACUGCUGCUCGGCAUCGGCAGAGCCGCAGCGGGGCCCGAGGCCUGCCCCGAGCGGGACUGAGGGAAGGAGCCAGCGGAGCCCGGUGCGGCGCCGCCCGGGAGCGGGAGCCGCCUCCAGCCCGUGACCCACCGGCAGUGGCGGCCGGAGGCCGGUGUGCCGGUCUGUGCCCCGGGAGCCGCUAUGGCCUCACAGAACGCCGACCCCGCCGCCGUGUCCAGCGCAGCCGCCCGCAAAGCGGCCGAGACCGGAGCCACGGCGGCCCGCGGCGCGGUGGGGAAGAGGUUGCAGCAAGAACUGAUGGCGCUGAUGAUGUCUGGUGAUAAAGGCAUUUCUGCCUUCCCCGAGUCCGACAACCUCUUCAAGUGGAUCGGGACCAUUGACGGCGCCGCCGGGACGGCGUACGAGGAGCUGCGGUACAAGCUAUCGCUGGAGUUCCCCAGCGGGUACCCCUACACAGCACCCACGGUGCGGUUCCUGACCCCUUGCUACCACCCCAAUGUCGACACCCAGGGCAACAUCUGCCUUGACAUCCUCAAGGAAAAGUGGUCGGCGCUGUAUGAUGUCCGCACCAUCCUGCUCUCCAUACAGAGCCUGCUGGCAGAGCCAAACAUUGACAGCCCUCUGAACACACAUGCCGCUGAGCUCUGGAAGAACCAAGUCGCCUACAAGAAGUAUGUGCGUGAGACAUACAACAAGCAGAGCAAGAGCCAGGAGACCUGACCAUCACCACUGCCCCCCAACAUAUCCACUCCCUCCCGGCCGUCCCCCGUGUCCUGUAUCAUAGGUUGUUUUUAAAUUAAUGUCGCAGUCCGAGCCACGGUUAAUGUAUAAAUAAAUGCACAUUUAUAACUUCA